GGCAGAAUUCCAAAUUUCUCAUCCCUGAUACCUCACACCGGGCCGCCACACAAAAUCCCACACCUGCGUAUCGCGCUGCCCACCGCACAUCCCCGCCUCCCGCCGGCCGGCCGGCCGCCUGACGACUCGCGGUCACCGCCUGCGGGCCACCGUCCGCCCCCAGCUCGCUCACGAUAUUGUACGUUCGUGGCGCGGAGCACCGUGGUGUUGGCCUAGUACGUCGAUUUCACGGUGACUUCACUACCAUUGCCGCCCAGUGGCUGCAGAAGCUCCCCGCCAGCAACAAGUUCACCUACAACUGCGACGGCCACACCUUCAGUUACCUCAUAGAGAAAGGAUUUAGUGAGUAGCUUUCAUCCCGUCGCUCCGUUCCGCCUUAUUCCAUCUGAAUCUGCGCCGCCGCGGGCUCGAAUCGGGUUCGGCUUGCUUGGAUCUCGCGGGGUUCGCCUCGAUCCGCUAGAUGGUAUCAGGGACCUUCCUUCCUGAUACAGGAAGGCAGAAUUCAUGAGCGGCGGCACGCCUGCAGCAAGCAGUAGCCUGCGGACAGCACUCUCAUACUGCGUGAGGCAAGUCCGCGCCUAUGACUACCACCACUACCUCUGCCUUCUCCACCUGGCCCCGGCCGUGCGCAAGGCAGCGUUCACCUUCCGCGCCUUCAACAUCGAGACAGCAAGGGCCAUGGAUGUGGUGUCCGACCCCCGGACCGGCCUCAUGCGCCUCCUCUGGUGGAAGGAGGCGGUCGACAAGGUCUUUGGCAACAAGCUGGUCGAGCACCCAGUUGCCCAGGCGCUCUCUUCGGUCAUCGCAGACCACAAGGUUAGCAAGCACUGGCUGAAGCGGUCCGUGGAGGCGAGGAUCAACGACGCCAACCGUGAGGAAGGCACCAUUCCUGGGACGAGCGCGGAGUUGGAGAGGUAUGCGGAGGACACCCAGUCCACCAUCCUUUACAUGACCUUGCAGGCUGGCGGAAUACAGUCCACCGUGGCUGACCACGCCGCCUCUCACAUCGGCAAGGCCAGCGGGCUUCUGUUACUGCUCAAGGCGCUGCCGCACCAUGUAAAUAAGCAAGGGACGGUACAUUAUAUCCCAGCUAGUGUGGCCGAGGAAUGCGGCCUGCUCAUCACACGGGAGGGCGGCAGGUCGGAGGUCAGGGCAGGCGAGAGGCUGCCAGACGCAGUUUUCAAGGUUGCAUCUGUUGCGGAGGCUCACUUGCACAAGGCGCGGGAGUUGGCACCGUCCGUGCCCAAAGAGGCGAUCCCUGUGCUCCUCCCAGCCUUGCCGGCCCAGGUCCUCCUGGAUACCCUGCGAAGGUGUGAGUUCAACGUGUUUGAUCCUCGGCUGUCGAGGGGAGUCCACGGGGUCUCUCCUCUGUGGUACCAGCUGAAGCUUAACUGGAACGCGUGGCGAAGCAGGUACUAAUGAGGAGGAGGAACCUUUUGCCCUCAGCCAUGGGAGCUGUUGCUGUUCCUUGUAGCAAAAAGCUUUUUAUUGGGGUUUUUUGACAUAGCAGAGAUUGAAUAACUACUUGCGGCAGAUUUGAAGCUGUUGAAUAUGUGUCGUGCUUUUCGUUGUGUUUGUGGGCUGGGCUCAUUUACAUUGCACAAUUGCAACACUGACAGUGCCUGUUUUAUUUUUCUUUUGGAACAUACAAUGCCUGUUUGUAUUAAUACAGCAGAAAGCAGACAAUAUUUUUUGAUAAACGCAAUUAGUUUUCUAUAGUC